AUGCGUCAUGACAAGCCCUGGGUUUUUGAAUCAUAGGCGCGGUCUUUGUUUUUUAACCAAUUGAGUAGACAAUCCGGCGCGAGGAAAGUAGUAUUCGUAAACAGUUAAGUAGACAAAUAAUAAAUGGCAGACAACAGUCCAAAUGCCUUCAAGACUCCCAAAAAGAGGAACUUGAAAAGCCCUCCAACUGGAACCCCCGUCACAAUUCCAGCGUCUCCCUUCAUGAAGAAGCUGGGAUGUGGAACUGGGGUCAAUGUUUAUCUCAUGGAAAGAAUGGGGAAACAGACGCAAUCUCCGUGGGCCGUUAAAAAAAUCAACAGCAAUUGUGCGAAGACCCAACAGAAUGUGUACCAGAAACGUCUGAAUGACGAGGCGAAGAUUCUAAAAGACAUACAGCAUCCCAACAUUGUUGGUUUCCGCGCUUUCACCACAGCGAAGGAUGGCUCCAAAUGCCUUGCCAUGGAGUACGGAGGGGAGCAGUCUCUCAAUGAUCUCAUCGAGAAGAGGAGGGAGGAAGGGCUGAAACCUUUCCCCGCUCCAGUCAUCGAGACGGUGGCUCUGCAUGUGGUUCGCGGCCUAAAGUACCUCCACAAUGAGAAGAAACUUCUACAUGGUGACAUGAAGUCCUGUAAUGUGGUCAUUAGGGGAGACUUUGACACCGUCAAGAUCUGUGAUGUGGGGGUGUCGCUCCGAUUGGAUGAGAACAUGCAGGUGAGUGACCCAAAAGCUCACUACAUAGGCACAGAGCCAUGGAAGCCCAAGGAGGCCCUGGAAGGAGGGAUUAUAACAGACAAGUCGGACAUCUUUGCCUACGGCCUGACGCUGUGGGAGAUGAUGACACUGUCCAUGCCUCAUCUGGAGAUGCUGGAUGAGGAGGAUGAAGAUGAUGAUGAUGAAGUUGAUGACGAGUCUUUUGAGGAGGACUUUGACGAGGACGCGUACUACGACCGGUUGGGCAGCCGCCCGCCCCUGGACACAGAGACGCUGGGCGGAGCCUACCAGCGCAUGGUGGAGCUCUUCUGCCUGUGCACGGAGGAAGACCCUCGCAAACGCCCAUCUGCCGCACAAAUCCUCCAGGUCCUGGAGGCUAACCACGCACAGGCCAACGAGACAAACAGCCAGGUCAUAGUUAUCGACUAGCACAGAAGUAGGCUAAAUUUACUUUCACACAAGAACCCAAGGCACUGUUGAAGGUUCUCCUUUGAGAAUGUACCAGAAGGUUCUAAAUAGCACCUCUUAAGGGAUGUAUAUGAUUUACACUGCUGAAAUGGGCUGGACUGGACUGGAAAUUUCUUUUGAUCAAGCUCAUUCAUUUUGUCUUUGUCUGGUUUUCCGUCUUGUUUAUCGUCAUGUCUUAUUUCUGAACUGUGCUCUUGUCCAUUGUCACCUUUUGUAUGUUUAUAAGUGUCAAAUGCGGUUUUAAAUGGUACAUAUGUACACACACACACACACACAGAUCAUGGCCAAUAAAAUGACUGCUUGUAUUUCAUCUGGGUGUUUUUUUUGGUAUGAUAGUGUGCACAUCAGGGUCUUUGAUGCAAGUUGUGCAAGGAUUUCUCUGUGGUAUAAUGAGCGUGUUAAUAAUAAUAUAAAACUGAAUAACAAUAAUUGAACAGUUGAGCUUUGUGUACACUUUUCACAGAAUAGAAAAUAUCUCUAAUUUUCCUGUCCUGUUUGGAUGAUCUUGAGUGGGAUUCGAGAGUUUGCACUGAACAGUAACUGUAAAAUAGGAAGAGGCCACAGAUAUGUCAACUUACAUUUGCUCUGGUCUUGCUAUGGGUUAAGGAGACUAAAGCAGCCAAAGACUGCUUCAUUUUCUCUGCUGUUGACCGAGUAAUUAAACAAUGCUCAAAUGUUUCAUUCAUUA